CGUCUUAUCAGUUUCGUGAUAGACAUCAAACAUGAAAGUCCUGAUAGCUGUCGUUUGCCUACUGGCACUGGUAUACGCUGAGGAUUGUAUAGAUUCAGCCGAGUGCCAUAAGACCCAUUGUGAUCCAGACGCAUCUGUCGCUUGUGAAAACCAGAAAUGUACAUGUAAUGAUAACCAUUCUACCGUGAUCGCAGGCCACCAUUCCGAUCUCAUUGACGGUUUGACGGCUUGUUUUAGUGUGACUGACUGUGCCGGUCCUUGUAUGCCUGUUGUACCUCCUACCACCACGGCACCUCAUCAUCACCAUGGCCAUCCCGACCCCCACCAUGAAGAACUGGAGCCACAUCAUUACGGAACCAGUAGAGGGGCACCACCAUGGUCAUCACGAGGAACACACUCCACCACCUCCCAUGAAGCAAAUGCAUUGUGUAGACGGGAUGUGCAGGUGUCUUACAGUCUAAUUUGUCAGUAGCCCCAACUAUUAAUAAAUAUGAAUGUCUA